AUUGCAUUUCACAUUAAAUCAAAACAAAAUAGAAACAUCAAAUUAAUUGGCAAAGAAGAAAACAAAGUUUUGACAACAUUUCUGCAUACAAAAAUCAUCGGGUGAAAUUCGUGUGACAAAUCACGUAAACAAAUGGCUGCAACUUUUAAUGUUUUUAGACAAACUGGUGCUGUUCUUGUAACAGCAGGUCUUGUCACUGCAUUUUCUUUAAGAAAAGCGAACAUGGAAAGUCGAGCAAUAGCGAGAAAAAUUAAUGUUUCCAACUUCAUGGCACUUCCAAUCACGCCUAUCGAUAAAUUAACUAAAGAAAGCAAUGAUAUGAGAAGCCGAAUGGAGGUAAUGAUUAUGAAAGUGCAAGCAGAUUUAUGUCGAGUUCUUGAGGGUGAAGAAAAUUUCGGAAAAAAGUUUAAAGUUGAUCGUUGGGAAAGAAAUGAGGGCGGUGGUGGAGUAACGUGCGUGCUGCAAGAUGGUGACACGUUUGAAAAAGCCGGUGUCAAUGUUUCAGUUGUCUCAGGAUUGUUGCCACCAGGAGCAGUACAACAAAUGAGAUCUCGUGGACGUAAACUCAGUGAUGGCGAUCUUCCGUUCUUUGCUGCUGGUAUCAGUUGUGUUAUUCACCCAAGAAAUCCUUUUGUUCCAACAAUUCAUUUUAACUAUCGAUACUUUGAACUUAUUGAGCCGAAUGGAAAUAAAAUUUGGUGGUUUGGGGGUGGAACUGAUUUAACGCCCUAUUACCUCAAUGGAGAUGAUGCAAAACAUUUUCAUAAAACUUUGAAAGAUGCUUGUGAUGAACAUGACAAAUCAUAUUAUCCUCGAUUUAAAGAAUGGUGUGACAAGUACUUUUUCAUAACCCAUCGUAAGGAAUGUCGUGGCAUUGGUGGGAUAUUUUUUGAUGAUUUAGAAACGCCAACACAAGAAGACUGCUUUGAAUUUGUGACAACUUGUGCCAAUGCCGUGGCACCUUCUUACGUACCAAUUGUUAAGAAACAUAAGAACGAUGCAUAUGGUGAUCGAGAAAGGACAUGGCAGUUGCUAAGACGUGGACGUUAUGUCGAAUUUAAUCUGAUCUAUGAUCGUGGAACAAAGUUUGGAUUGUACACGCCUGGUGCUCGAUAUGAAAGUAUUUUAAUGUCGCUGCCCUUGAUAGCUCGUUGGGAAUAUAUGCACGAACCAUCAGCAGAAUCGGAAGAAGGAAUAUUAAUGAAAGUUUUAAAGUCUCCAGUUGAUUGGUUGAAACCACCAGAAAAGAAUUAAUAUGACAAUUAAAUGCCGCAAUUUCUUAUUUCAUCAAUUUCAAGAGAACACGUGACGCUAAGUAGGUCCGAGACUUAAUUACUCGUUAAAGUUUUCUAUUCUACAAGUGUUCGCGUGUUUAGAAGAAAAGGCGGUAAAAUUUUCUUGUUUUACGAGAUCAAAAAAAAAAUCUUAAAUUUAGUUAGCAUUUUCCAUCGACAGUUGAAUUUUAUUCCUUUUUUAAAGCAAUUUUCGUUUUUAAUAAAUUUGUUUAUAUUUCGAAAAACUCAAAAAGGAAAUGUUCAUUUUUUAAACUCAAAACAUUCCGCGACUCUGCUUAAAUGUGCUGCCAGCUUUUCGAUUAUGAUUUGCUCUCGAUGACUUAUUAGUGGUUUUAUUUUGCCUGUUACGAAGAACUUGAUUACUUUGUCCUUGACCUUUUUGAGCACCAACAACGUCACGUGAUUUUGUAUCCUGAGGUAUUUGCUGAACUUGCGGAUGUUUUUUAGCCAUACGAUGCUGAAAUUGUUUUUCACGACGAGCACGAAUGGUUUCAGGAUUUUCACAAAAGUCCAUGUUGCUGUUUUUCUUUGAAGCGUCAACUGAUUCGCUAGUUUCAUCUUCUUCAUCUUCACUAUUACUAACAUCGACAUCAUCUGGUAACAAAUCUUUCAUUCUUCCGUGUACUCG